AUGAGAGUGUCACAUUGGAUGAUAGCCGUAUCUGCAGCGCUCGCUGCAGGUGCGACAGCGUCCUCUGCUGCUGAGCAGUGGAACGUUGCAGACCUCAAGGAGUAUUUGAAAGAUAGUGGGCAAGAGGUGGCGCAUGAUUCUUUAGAUGCACUAAGGGAUGCUGCAAGCAAGGAAUGGGAAAAGCACACUGAUGGGCGUAAGUCCAUGCUUGAUUUGCUUUGGAGACCGAAGCAGACGCCGCAUGACUGGUUCGGAAGCGACUACACGAAUCCCGUCAGCGAAUGGUUGUUCAACACAUGGCCUGUUGAGGAACUCCAGAAACUAUUGAAGCACAGUCGGGUCAAGACAGACCCCACCUGGUCGCGUGAUAAGCUUGUCGCCGUUUCCAAGCGGAACUUUAAAAAGAUAUCGGAAACCUUGGGUGUGUCUGGUUAUUACCCUUCAGAGUCAUACUUUAAGUUGUGGGACAGUUCGGAACUAAAGGAAUGGCUCGAAGACUAUGGUAUUCCAUACUCGAAGGCUGCUACUGCAAGGGAUCAGCUAUUAAAGGUUGUCCGCGAGAAUAUCCGCCGUGCCUCAGACUUCUAUCACGAUGAGCGUUACGAGGUUCUAACGUCGGUAGGAUUUUUGAACGAUGAGUUCAGCAGAACAGGCACUGUUGACCAUGUCGAUUUUUCGUCUUGGCCUUUAGACUCCUUGCGUAGUUGGCUCGAGGUCCAUAAGUUGAAGUUCGACAGGAACAUGGCCGAAGACAAGCAGUACUUGGUGGCUCUAGCUGAAAAGAACAAGAAAUUGCUCAUGGACGAUGUUGAAUGGCUAGGUAGCAUUGCUCAGAAGGAACUUGCAGAGAUAUUCAAACAGAAGGACGCGGCGAUGAAGCUAAGCAAGGAGGCCGCUGGUAAGUCCAAGAACGCUAUUAAGAAGUCUGGUCAAAAUGCGGUUCAAUACGGCAAGGACGCGGGUAACGCUGCUAUGGGAUACGGAAAGAAUGUAGGGAAGGAUGCUGUCAACGCUGGCAGGGACGUAGCUAACGCUGGUAAGCAUGCAGGCAAAGAUGCCGUUAACGCGGGCAAGGAUGCAGUGAACACCGGUAAGCACGCAGGCAAGGAUGCGGUCAAUGCAGGCAAGAAGGCCGGUAAGGAUGCCGUUGCCGCAGGUAAACAUGCAGGCAAGGAUGUCGUCGAUGCCGGAAGGGACGCCAUACACGCUGGCAAGGAGGCCGGCAUGGACGCCGUUGAAGUUGGCAGAGAGGCAGGAGACUCCUUUGUGCACCACGGCAAGGACUUAUUCCAUGCUGGUCAGGAAUCUGCGGAAAGCCUAUGGGAUAGCAUAAAAGGGUACUUCAACAAGGCAGACGACGUAAUCAAUGACACCUUCCUCCUAGACGUUGAGAACUGGCCGAAGCGUAGAUUAAAGCACUUCUUGGAAGCUCGCGGUGUGAAGUACUCUUUGCUCUCCACGCGGAAAGAUCUUCUAAAAUCAGUCAUCAAGUACAGAAAUAAGCCCGUGCAUGACUUGAAAGAAACCAAGAACAAGUGGUUCCCCAGCUGGACUCUUGAAAACUUGCAGCAUUGGUCUUCAGAGAAGACCGAGCAGGGCAAGGAGAAAUACAACUCCGCAAAGGACCAUUUGAAGGCGGGCAGCAACAAGGUCCAGGACCAAUCGAAGGAGGCAAACGAAGCGAUCAAGCAGAAGAUUGACGACUGGGUCGAGACAUUCAACUCGUGGACCACCGAUGACUUGCAGACCUACUUGCGCAGUUUCGGCAUCCAGCCACCUAAGUCCUACAAGAAGGACCAGUUGGUGGACCUAGCGUUGAAGCACUCUAAGGCUUUUUUCGGUUCUUCGUCUGACUCAUCGGAGUCCGGUUACUUCCGCUUCGUGCCACGGAUCGCACGCAAGUGGUUCAACUACGGCUACUCGCUGCUAGUGCGCUGA